AUGAGAUCGGACCUCGAAGUUGUAUUGACGGAUUUAAGUCAUUACUAUAAGCGGAAAGGAGGCGGCGCGACUGUCGCUGAUAUUAACAUGGACGAUCUGCAAGUCAGUCCCCCGCGUUUGGAACUUGUAGGUUUGCUAUCUGUGGACAUGACGUGCUUUUCGAUCAGCAUUUUUGGCGUAAAUAAACAAGUUUUGGGGCAUGUUGAUCAACACGCGUUAGAUCAGGGUAUAAAUAUAAAUACAAUGAUGAGUGAGUAUGGACUACGAAUUAAAUGCAGUAUCUUUAUUGACUGGAUAUGA